UAUAUGUCUCUCGAUCUCCACUAACAAUUCCUACUCCAUUCUAAUUCAUCAUAUCAAAUAGACUCAAUAUUAUAUCUGAGUCUCACAUAUUUGCUUCUUUUGACAUCUUACCAAACUCAAACAAAGAAGAGAUAAUGACGAUGAUGUGGAGGGUUAUGUUGGGGAUGUGUGUUCUGAGCUCUGUUCUUGUGACAACAUCCUUAGCUCAAACGUGCAAGACCCAAAGCUUCUCAAACAACAAAGUCUUCAAGAACUGCCAUGAUCUUUCACAGUUGACUUCUUAUCUUCACUGGACAUAUGACCAGCCAAGCGGCAUCCUUGACAUAGCAUUCAGACAUGGCGGUAUCACCACAACAAACAGGUGGGUGGCUUGGGGUAUCAACCCAAACAACGACCUUGUCACUCCGAUGAUCGGAGCACAGGCUCUGGUCUAUCUUCCACAGUCAAGUGGAAACCCAAGAGCCUAUACUACAUCAAUCGCCAACACCGCAACACAGCUGCAAGAAUCAUCUAUCAGAUACCCUAUCUCUGACUUGAGUGCCACCUAUUCCAACAACGAGGUUACCAUUUUUGCUACUCUCACCCUUCCCAACGGCACCUCCUCCAUCGUCCACGUCUGGCAAGAUGGUCCUCUCUCUGCCUCUAAUGUCCCUCAGGAGCAUAGGCAUGAUUCUGGCCACCAAAGCUCCAUGGAAACCUUAUACCUUGUUUCUGGUCAGACACAGCAAGGAAGUAGCGGGGCUUCAACUAGAAGAAAAAGAAAUAUGCACGGAGUGGUAAACGCCGUGAGCUGGGGGGUGUUGAUGCCGAUGGGGGCAGUGAUAGCAAGGUACUUGAAGGUGUUCAAGUCAACGGGAACAGCAUGGUUUUACCUUCAUGUGGCAUGCCAGGUGUCUGCAUACAUAGUUGGUGUUGCUGGAUUAGGAACUGGUCUCAAACUGGGAGAUGAUUAUCCUGUUGAUGGCACUGACGAUCACAAAGCAUUAGGCAUCAUCAUGGUUGCUCUUGGAACCCUUCAGGUGUUUGCUCUGUUCCUGAGGCCAAACCCAAACCAUAAGUACAGGUUCUACUGGAAUGUCUACCACCACAUUGUGGGAUAUACAACCAUAAUAAUAAGUAUUACCAACAUUUUCAAAGGAUUCGAUGUGUUGGAGAAGUUCGGAGACUACAAUAGCUGGAAGCAUGCCUACAUUGGCAUUAUUGGAGCAUUGGGUGCCAUUGCCGUAUUCUUGGAAGUACUCACAUGGAUCAUUUACUUCAACAGAAAGGGCUCAGAGAACAAGAUGCCUCCUCAUGGCAAUGGGGUCAACGGAGAAAAUGGGGUCAACGGAGCAAAUGGGGUCAACGGCUAUGCUUCUAGGCCUCAGCAGGUGUAGAACGUUUUGCCAAAUGGAUGUUGUUUUUAUUUUUUAUUUGUGCCUUACUUUACUCCUUUUCCAUUUGGUCUUCUUGUUGGACUUAGUUAUGUAUAAAUUAUAAUCAAUUUUUUUUUUUUUGAGGACUAUGUAUAACAUUUUGCUUUUCUUAUCUUUGGUAGUUAGUACCCCAAUUCUAGCUUAGAGUAGGAGUUGGGGGAAAUUCUUUGAUGGAAUGAUGAUUUCUGACCUUCCAGGCCUCCAGGGUAUAUAUGUAAAAGUCUCCUUCAUAUAUGUAUUUUUGUUUUUCA